UUGGUUAGUUCAAAAAAAGCAUGGCGUUUACCUCACCAUUUAAAUGUAUGAAGAGGCUCCAGUGUUUAUUUCGAAUCGGGCGUUUGAACGAAGUGUUUUUAACAGCGCACACUCGACUGUCGACCUCUUGACGGUUUGGAAUAUUACUUCUACUCAAAACAAGUAGUAAUUAUGGGAUCCAGUGAAAGUAAGAUGACCGUGUGUGCUCCAACCAAACCUGAAGCAUCCAUCAAGAACGCCUGUGUUGCCCAUCUGGUGGAUCCACGUUCUCCGUCGGUGGCCAUUGACCGCACUCCUAUUCAGGUUGUUGGGCUUAAGGUGAGAAAUGAAGAUUGUCCUUUGGGGUCAAGUGACCCUCGCUCUCCCACUGUCGGCAUUUCUCGCACACCUGUGAGGGCGGUCAUGAGAGCCAAGGUGGACUCCUUCGCCCGUCGCCUGGGCAUGCUCUUCCACGCGGAGGCUGAGGGCAAAGUCCCCCGACAUGGUUCCAGCGACGCCGUCCAGGAGGAGGAGACCGUCCACAAGAAGGAUGAGUUUGGUUCCACGGUGCCCCUCCUCAGCCCGCAAAGAGUGGACACAUUCUGCUCCUUGGCGGAGCAUGCUAACUUCUUAGCUACGCCUGUCCACGGUGUAGACGCCCCCAGCCCUUUUGUGCUCCUGGAGCAGCACCAAGUGGAGGUGGAGGUCGAGGCCGACGUCAGCCUGGAGGAGGCACAGGAAGCCAGGGAGUCUCCACUGCACAAGAGGCUGAGCAUGAGUCUCAUCACCUGCCACGAAGGCGCUACCACGGCCGAGGUGCACUUUGAGAGCAGCCCUGCCUCCUCGCCGCACGUGGAGGAUCCAGUCUCUCUGGGGGUAGACCACCUCUACGCUCUCCCUGCUAUCACACUCGAGGACUCUCCAGACCUGGUCACUCCUGCAGAACCCGCCACGGAAGAUUCCGUGGCGCCCAGCCCUGUGCUACCUCAACCGCUCACUGCUGGUGUCCACCGCCUCACCUUUGACCCCAAGAGCCCAAGUCAGCUGGUGUUCAAACCUCAGUGGUUGGGCAAAGGGUUCGGGCCCACGGGGCUGAGAGCCAGAGCAGUGCAAGGUGGGAAAGGAGGGUCCUCUCCUCUCGCUGUGUCCGUCGCCAUUAAGAACACCAACAAUGAAAACAAGGGAAACUCUGGGAAACAAAAGCAGAAAGGUACAGAAGGCCGCUCCCCACUACAGAUCCUCAAGGAGACCAAUUCUCCCAGAGGGCGUCCUCAGACAAAGCUGAAGGUUUCUUCCAUGCAAGAGAAGCCGCGUCCUGCACAUAUGGACCGCAGAGUUCUGGCCAUGUCUCUGGACAAGGAGAAUCGAUGAUUCACUAACACUGUUUGCUUUCGAAGAUCUGUCCAUUUUUUAAAAUCUUAACAUUUUUAUGUGUACAGUUUCCUCGGGAACUUACUUUUUUUUCCUGUUUGCUUUUACUGCCACAACUCUUUUACCCUGUUUUGUCCCUUCUGUAAAUAUCAAUAAAAUUAUUUUUGUUCACAGAAAAAAA